GGCGCUGGUACAGUAGAAAUCAUUGUUUGAAUUGUUGAAUCGAGUCCAGGGGAGGCGAUAAAGUCAUUGAUAGAGUUAUGUGGAUGGAUUUAUAAACCGAGCUGCCGUUAGCCGGGACCGCUACUCGUUUGAACUCCGUCAUUAGCUGCUAGCAAGAAACGCCUUAAUGUUAGCGUAUGAUACACACGGAUGGAGCCCCGAAAAAUCACCGGGGUGUACGGAGAAGUCAGCGGCCUCCCUGCGCCUGUUUCUGCCUAUGUGAGUGAAGCGCAGCUCCCGGAGCUCAGGGUCUACACCGUGACUGCAGAGUGGAGUCAGAGCGACCUGGUCCGAGGCUCCAGACUUCGCUACUCCCAGCAGUGGACUCUGAUCGCAGACAGCAACAACCACAAGAACAUCAGGACCGUCCUCCCAGCAGGAUCCUGUGCACCUGUGUCUGGAGAGUUACUGAGUGGAAUCUCUCCCAUCCGAGGCCUGAGGGCGGUUGUCAGGGAGACGGGUGGCCAUCAGCUCCUUGAGAUAUGGGAUGGCCACGGCCUCAGGAAAUGCCUCAACCUGACUGCCCUCAACAAACAUGGCCGAGUUUACGACGAUGCUCAGUUUGGCUGUCUGUCAUGGUCAGAGUGUGAAAACAAACUACUGUAUGUUGCUGAGAAGAGCAAGAACACAUCAACAGAAUCACAUGAUGGGGAAUCUGCCUGUGGGAAGGACAGGAGUGUGUACUGUGAGGACUGGGGUGAGGCUCUGACCAACAAGAGCAGCCCAGCGAUUUGUGUGGUGAGUCUGCAGAAUGGCGGCGUCAGUGUGCUACAGGGCGUGCCGCCCGACAUCUCACCUGGACAGGCUCUUUGGGCUCCCGGUGGUCAGUCUGUGUUUUUUGUCGGUUGGUACCACGAACCCUUCAGGCUCGGACUGAAAUUCUGCUCCAAUCGCAGGUCGGAGUUGUUUAAACUUGACCUGGACGGACACUGUGAGUGUCUGUCGGGGGACAACCUGUCAGUGUCCUGUCCUAGGCUGAGUCCAGAUGGGUCCACGCUGAUCUACCUGCAGGGCCAAGUGUUUGGUCCUCACAAUCAGUGCCUCAGUCUGCAACAGUUGGACCUGAAGAGUGGGAAGACAUCCACACUGUUGGAUGUUAUCAACAGACCACAGACUGGUGAGUUUGCUGGUGUUUAUGAGGCUUUGCCGUCCUGCUGCUGGUCUGCAGACAGUCAGAGAGUGGUGUUCAGCAGCGCCCGCAGGAACUGGAAGGAUCUCUUUAUGGUCGACAGAAGAUCAAAGAAAGUCAUCUCCCUCUCUGAUAAUGCUCUUCCUGAUCCUCCUCCCCUACCUCCCCCUCCACCUCCACCUCCACCUUUUCAUCUGCAUCAUCAGGAGCACAGGAAUGAACUGAAAGGUCCGUCUGAUCUUUCCAGAGUUUAUGGUAGCUGGAAGCUGCUGACAAUCCAGAGGGACCUGAUGGUCGUCUGCUGCUCCAGCCCUAGUACACCUCCCACUCUGAGGGUGGGUUUCCUUCCCUCAGCAGGUGAGGCUGUGACCUGGCGGACCCUGCAGCAGCCUGUCAUGACCUUUGACUUCCCCUGGUCAAUUCUAGAUGUUACACCUCCACCUGAGGAGAGCAACACACACUACUCUGGUUUAGACUUCGGGGCUGUCCUGGUUAAACCCUCUCAUCCCCUCCAAGGAGCCAAGAUACCUCUGGUCGUCUUCAUCCAUGGUGGCCCUCACUCCCAGUUCCCUGCAGAGUGGAACUGCACCACAGCUGGACUGGCUAAACUCGGCUUUGCUGUGCUCAUGGUAAACUACAGAGGAUCCACAGGGUUUGGUCAGGAUAGUAUUUUGUCCCUGAUUGGUCAAAUUGGAAACCAGGAUGUAAAAGAUGUUCAGAGGGCCGUGCUUACUGCACUGCAGAGGGACCUCACCCUUGACCCCAAACGCUUGGCGGUGAUUGGCGGUUCCCACGGGGGUUUCCUGUCCUGUCAUCUGGUUGGUCAGUAUCCAGAGUUCUACAGAGCGUGUGCAGCCAGGAACCCCGUCAUUAAUGCUGCUACUUUAUUGGGAACCAGUGACAUAGUGGACUGGCGUUACACCAGUGUGGGGUUUCAAUACUCAUACGACCAGAUCCCCACUGCUGAAGCCCUGGCUGCUAUGUUAGAGAGGUCACCCAUCACACAUGCUGCUCAGAUCAAGGCUCCAGUACUGCUGAUGCUGGGAGGCAGAGACAGGCGAGUGUCUCCGCACCAAGGUCUGGAGUUCUAUAAAGCACUGAAGAGCAGAGCUUCACCUGUCAGGUUGUUGUGGUUUGCAGAAGAAGGACAUUCACUUUCCAGAGUGGACACACAGGCCGACUGCUUCCUCAACACAGUGCUGUGGCUAUACCAGUAUCUCUGAACACACACACACACACACAGCUAAAAAUAGUUUACUGUCACAGGAGUUGACAAUUUUUAAUACACCUCUGUCUUUUUAACAACAAAAACACAUUCUGUAUUUUACAGUCUACCUAAUUUUGUACAAACAUUUCACAAGCAUGUAAUAAAGAAAAUCUAACAAACCUAGACUGAUGUUUAGAUUUUAGUUUUAUGGCAUGCUGUUCACAUCUGAAGUCUUUGAGUAUUAUUCUACAAAUAUAAUAGACGGUGCAGGCUGACAAACACCACUUAUCAUAAACAUUAAAUGUAAUUUGCACAGUGUCCAGGAGAUGGCAGUCUCUGCCUGAAACUUUUAUCAUACCAGCUUUAUUGUAACUGAGCAAAUAUGUAUGUAUGACUUUUAAAAAUACAUUUUUAAUUAAACAAA